ACGAUGUGAGCGUGAUGCAACUCGUCGUGUUAUUUUGUCGAGGGCUACGUCGUGUGCUACGUAUUCCAUAGCGUCCCGACCUUAAAGAUGUCAGUCCUCGAUUAUUUCCGAGGUCUCUUUGGUGCGAAACGACGCGACGAGCCUGGCACAAGCGGGCUUGGUGAUCGUUACUCGUACAGAGACCAAUUUCGAAAUCCGAUUUGGGAAUAUGAUGAGGAUGACGAUGACAUGGACGACUUUAGGCAUCCCAGAACAGGCAUACGCUUCCAUAUCUUCAGCGACCCAUUUGAAAUGACACGUUACUUUGAAUCUGAGAUGGAGAAUAUGUUAAAGAAUUUUGGGUUUGGAAAUGACUUUCAUUUUUUCUCAAAUGGAAUCAUAGGAGCAUUACCACCAGCAGAGGAGAAGGAAUCUAAUGCAAGUACUUUACGUGACAGAAUGCUAAAAUCUGCUUCCGAUUCCUCUGUUUUAACACCUGAGCAGAAAGUCGAUACGGACUUGGAUGGAAAACUCACAAAGGAUGAUUUUUCAAAAAUGUGGCAGGAAAGAAUAGAAGACCCUCCUGCACCUCGGUCUUUCAACUUUGGAAAAUUUGUGAAAAAAGAAUUUGUACGUAGACCUGACGGAAUCUUAGAACAAAAGCAAGUAAUCAGAGACAGCGAAGGUAAUCAAGAAACAAUAGUCACAAGGGAAAUUGGCGACCAAAAAUAUGUUGUUACUACAAAAACAGAUAAAUACGGCGUUGAAACGAAAUCUGAAGACCUGAUUAAUAUGGAUGAAAGUGACUUGCAAGAUUUCAAUAAAAAGUGGACACGUUCCAUAGAAAAUAAGACAGACGGCCGAGACUCGGGUCUAAAUCGUUUCCCGUGGGCUAGAUUUUUUGGUCCUGAACCAAAAUUAUAACAAGAAAUGAAAUAAAAAGAAAGUAUCAUAGUCUA